AACCGAGUCGUUAUUCGACUGUCGAUCGCAUCCGAUCGUCCAUUCGAGGAAGAAAUCAACUAUGGCGAUAAUCGGUAGAAUUAACCGAGCUCUGUGCGCAAAGUUUCGCGAUAGAUAUAGCGGGGAGAGACACAGAUCACAUGUUAGUCCCGAUAGGAGAGGAAUGAAAUUAUUCGGAUUAAUGGCGGGAGCGAUCGGAAGCUGCUGCGGGGCAAUUCUUUAUUUUCUCAAUGAAUCGUCGUCCGUGAAUGCGCUAGAUUUGGAGAUUCGGGUACCGAGGUAUCCUUGGUCGUUCAACGGUGUAUUUAAAGCGUUCGAUCACGCGGCACUGAGAAGAGGAUGGCAGGUUUAUCGAACCGUGUGUCGCACGUGUCACAGUCUACAAUACGUUCGUUUUCUCGAUUUGAUCAACGUAACGCACAGCUUGGAAGAGGUUAAACAGAUUGCUUCCGAGUUUGAGGUGGAGGAUGGUCCCGACGAUGAAGGGAAUUAUUUCAUGAGACCGGGAAAAUUGUCCGAUUACAUUCCGUCUCCGUAUGCGAACGAGGAAGCGGCGAAAGCGGCCAAUUUUGGCGCUUAUCCACCGGAUUUGACUUACAUGAUUUUAACGCAGAGGGAUGGAGUGGAUUACGUGUUUUCCCUGUUAACGGGAUGGAUGGAACCACCAGCAGGGCUCCCGAGCGAGCAGAAUCAAUACUUUAACGCGUAUUUUCCAGGUGGACGUACCACGAUGCCGCAAAUGUUGUUCGAGGGAGCGGUCGAAUACGACGACGACACGCCGGCAACAGCGUCGCAAAUGGCCAAGGACGUGGUAGAAUUUCUAAUGUGGACGGCAUCCUCGGAACACGACACUCGAAAAAUCAUGACGUUGAAGUGCUUAGGAAUCUUUUUGAUUCUUACGGUGAGCACUUUCUACAUAUACAGACGAACAUGGUCCCAUUUAAGAAGCCGUCGAAUUGCUUACGUGCCGAAUUCCAUAACUCGGGAACCACACUUCCCAAAUCCUGUAUCUUCGGCCACCGAUCGAGCGAACAAGAAGAGCGGAAUAUUUCCGAUUCGAUAGAUAAUCGACGAGACGUAUCGGUCGCAAUUUUUAUUUUCUAAUAGAGAAACCUCGGCGAGAAGGUUCGAUGCUCGAAAACGGGAGCAUUACGGAUAAUUACGGACAGAAUCGAGAAGGAAGAUAAUAUUCGUUUGAAU